AUGGCCGGUUCCCCAAACUCCAACCUUCGAGGCUUCAAUCACGCCGUCCAAACCCUCCUCAAACAACCCUCCCAAUUCCUUCCACAUCUCACCAUCCCAACAUUCACUCACCUCCCCGAAAACCUGGGCCCCCAUCUAGUCAACACAUCACGACCAUCGCAAACAUCCGAAAAGCAUCAACGAAUCCCAACAAUUCGUGCCCUAGUCCUAGACAAAGACAACACCCUCUGCCCUCCCAAAACAACCACCUUUCCCCCCCAAAUCCUCACCAAACUCUCUGAACUCCGUAAAUCCCCCACGAGUCCCUUUAACCAACUCAAAAACCCCCACGCAAUCCUAAUCGUCUCCAACCGCGCCGGCAGCCACCCAAACUACGACGCGGAGGUUGAAUCGCUAGAAUCACAACUCGCGCAUCUCCAGAUUCCUGUUUUCAGGUUAGCGGCUGGCACGGAGAAGAAGCCGUUCUGUGGAGAUCAAGUUGUGCAGUGGUUCCGGGAGCGGGAGGUGAUUAGUUCGCCAAAUGAGAUUGCGGUUGUGGGGGAUCGGUUGGGGACCGAUGUUAUUAUGGCGGGGUUGAUGGGGUCUUGGAGUGUUUGGUGUAAGGAGGGGGUUUAUGAGGUUGGGGAAGAGGGGAAGGCGGAUAGGAAUAUUUUGGAGAAGAUGGAGGUUUGGAUUGAGAAGUAUUUGAGGGAGAGGAGGGGUCUUAAGGCUCCUGUGCCUACGGGGUGGGAAUAA